GCUCUACCUGUGUCACCUGUUGUUGUCUUUGAACUCCACCUUAGAGAUGUCACGUCAUGAACGAGUCGUUCAAAACUCGAGAGUAAUAACUUUGCACUCUUUCAUUCUGUGCAUAGUUAGUAUUAGAGUACUAGGGCCACAUUGAGAAAAAACAUCUGACAUUUCGAGAAAAAAAGUCGUACCUUUACGAGAAUAAAUGUCGUAACUAUAUGUUACAGGCAGUGCCCGAGACAGCUAUGAAAGGGGGAAUUUAUGCGGCGCGUGUGGGGUAAGGAAGACGGAAGUGAGAUGACGCCAACCAAAUGCUAAUCUGUUUGCCUUUAACUGCUGUGUUUUUCUGUCCCGUUGUAAAUAAAAGCUUGCCUGAAGCAAGAGGAAAGUUUCCUACAUUCCUGAAGAAUUAUGCUAUAUUUUCCCUCUGACACGUACGACACCAUGGCACCUAAUAGUAACACAUUAUUAUCCUAAAUUUACGACUUUUUUUCUCGUACAUUUACGACUUUUAUUCUCGAAAUCGCAGAGAUUUUUUCAACGUGGUCUAUGUAGCGUGUAUUAUUUUAUGUUGAUGAUAUGUAGUUUGCUCAUAUGGAAUUUGGUGAAUAUAUGUGAUUGAAGGUGCCCUUUUCUGUUUGUAUAUCAACAAAAAACGCUUACGUAUAAAUCGGAAAUACAUCUUUCCCACUUCCGGGUUAGGUGUUCCGUGGCAGCUGAAGUUGUUUUGCUAGGGCGAUGACUGUAGACCCAGCGUCGUCUCUCCGUGUAGCGGAGAUAAAGGACCCGGUGGUUCUGUUUGAACGCUACAGCACGGAAGAAAUCCGAAGCAUAGAAUGUAAAAUCCGAGGGCAGAUCGAGCAGAAGAAAGAGGAACUCAGGCAGAUGGUGGGGGAGCGCUACCGGGACCUGAUCGACGCUGCAGACACCAUCGGGGAGAUGAGGCACAGCUCAGAGAGUGUAGUCCAGUCCAUCCAAGACAUGCACCAGUACUGCCAUCUCCUCAAACAAGGAAAAAGCUGUGCGAGCAGUCGCAAUCCAGAGAGGCAGAAACAGGAGAAGUUCUACACCAUCGCCUCUCAGAUCAAGCUCCUCUUGGAGAUUCCGGAACGCAUGUGGAGUGCCAUGGAGGCCUCCCAGUAUCUGCAGGCCACUCAGCUCUACCUGUUGUGUUGUCAUCUUCACAGUCUCCUUCACCUGGACGCUGCCACGGGGGGUCACUACAGUCCCGUUGUGGCCCGAUUCCCCAUCAUUGUCCGGCAGGUGGCCACAACUGCUCACUUCAGGUCCACCAUUCUCCUAGACAGCAAGUCUCUGCUGCGGGGUCGGGCGGUGUCGGACCAGGCCAUCGCGGAGGCUCUGCUGUCGACCAUGCUGCUGGAGGACAGCUCUCCACGCCAGGCUCUUGCUGAUUUCUUGUUGGCACGAAAGGCCUCCAUCCAUCAGUUGCUCAACCAGCCCCAACACGGGGCGGGUGUGAAGGCCCAAGUGUGCAGCCUGGUGGAGCUGCUGGUGACCACGCUGUUUCAGGCCUACGCUGUUUUCUACAUGCCCUCAGAGGGAAGCCCCAGGCCCGGGGAGGCCACCCUUAGCUGCGGCCUGCUCUUUUCCAUUCUGGAAAAUGUCACCUCCUCUACACCUGCAGCAGGAGGCAAGAGGGUGCUUCAGGAAGACACGAGUACGGGCAGCUGGCUCAAGUACCUGCCCCCCUCCAUCACAGAGUUCCAGCCCACGCUUCGUACCCUGGCACAGCCCAUCCACAGGGAGCAGCUGCGUGACACCCUACAGCAGUGGAUCAAUACAUGUAAGGAGGACAUCUGCCAGGGGGUUAGUAGCCUUCUGGUCUACGUGAAGAGCCUGAAGGGCCUGGCAGCCAUUCGGGACGCGGUGUGGGACCUCCUGUCCACAGACUCCAUCAAUCAGCACUGGAACACGGUAUGUCAGCGGCUGCUGGAGUGCCGCCUGGCCGUCUGGGAUGACUUCCUGCAACAGCUCUUUCUUCAGCGCUUGCAGGCUAUAACCAAAGAGGAGACUGAGGCCAUCUCCAUGAGCUCUGUACAGCUCCUCACCUCAGCUGUGAGGGAUCUAGAGCAGCACACCACCCACUCCUCUGUGGGUAGCGACACCACCUGUAACCCGGUGGCCCAGUACGAAGUAGACGUGGCCUCUUAUUUGUGGUCGGAGUCUGCGGGGGACCUGCUGAGUGAUGCAGGUUGGGUCACUGUGAACCAGCGGGGGCAGCAGCAGCAGAGAAGUGGUCUGGCUAUGAAGACCCAGGCCCUCACACCCUGUUUGCAAAACUUUUGCUCCUCUAUGGACGGCAAGCUGAAAGAAAGACUGGAUGACCUCCAGCACUACCUUCCCUCCCAAGAAACAGCUGGAGUCCCAUCCUCUGGACCCACCGAGGGCUCGUCGCCGUCGUCCUUCAACCGCUUCACAGACUCGCUGGCAGUGGAGGAGGCGUUACGUGAAGGCUGCAGCGCCUGCGUUCACCGCAUCCUCUCUGCCGUCCGCUCGGAACUAGCGGCGGCGACGCCUGAUCCCAGCCUGGCCCGCCUGAGUUCAGUGCUGUUCAUGGCAAGGCUGUGCCAGUCCAUGGCCGAGCUGUGUCCCGGCAUGAAGCACUGCAUUCUUGGACACCAGCCAGGGUGCCAGGCCGCGGCCAAAGUGACGAGCAGGCAGAGCAAGAAGCUGGGUAAAGCUCGGGUGGCUGCAGAGGUCAGCACCGCUCAGGCAAAGUGGGCAGACCUGAAGGAGGAGCUUCUCAAAUGCAGCAUGGAGGCCUACCGCAUCUGGAGCGCCGCUCUCUCUAAAACGUUGCUGGAUACGUUUGGCACAGCCCUUCACGCAGCACAGUCCGCCGGUGCCAUCUUGACGACCGCAACAAACUGGGAGGAUCUUGAGAUCCAAGAAGAGGCGGAGUCGGGCAGCAGCGUUACAUCCAGAAUCCGUGUUCCUGUCCAGCCGUCUUGGUUUGUCCAGUCGCUGCUGUUCCAGCUGUGUGUGGAGGUCAACAGGGUAGGGGGUCACACCCUGCCACGACCCACCCUGCAGCAGCUCUUGCAGGCAUGUCUGGAUGGCGUGUUGCGAGAGUACCGCAGCCUCACGCAGCAGGAGCCCAGGGAAGGCGUAUUUCCCGUCACCCAGAACAGAGCCUUGCAGAUGAUUUUUGACCUUUCUUAUCUUCACACCACCUUGGCCGCCAAAACGGAUGAAGGCAAGAGCUCCAGAUCCCUGCAGGACCCCAGGAUGCAGGAGCUCUGUGAUUGGCUGGAGAGCCACAUUGACCCCUUUGACCUGGAUGUGUUCACGCCACCUCUCAACGCCAACCUCAGCCGACUCUGCCAGAGGACGUCGGUGCUGUUUGGGUUGGUGACGGGCUCCGAGAAACACUUUUCCUUGCGGAACGGCAGUGUGACGUCGCUGGAGCCUCACAACAUCCUUCCGCUCGCCAACAGCCAGAUCAGGUUCGGCUUGUUGCCUCUCAGCGUGUCCAGCGUGCAUAAAUCCAAGAUGGCUGCCACAAACGCCAACACUCAGCACCAGCUGGCUCCGCCUCUCUUCCUGAGCGCAGACGGGCAGGAAAGCUUCAGGCCGGGCAGCCGCUUCCGUCAACUGGCAGAUCAGGAGGAAGACUCCGCCUCUUCGUCUUUAUUCAAACUCAGCUGGCUCUCCGCCAUGGCCAAGUAACAUCUUCCUUUACCUGAUAUUAUGAUGAUUAUGAUGAUGAUGAUAUUACACAAUGCUAGCUGUACUACUACAGACACCCCUUUCUUACACAUUUGGAACAAAUAAACAUCAGUGGGUGCUUUUUAGGAUUACGAUUACGAUUAGGAUUAGGAUUAGGAUUUGUGUGUGUGCACUAUGAGUUUAGUUGAGUGCAGCUUUUUCCAGCGAGGGCCAUUUACUGGAAAAUGUGAAAUGCUUCUCAAUGCAAAUAUGAAAAAAAGGUUUAUUCUUGGAAAUUUGUGAUUCUUUUUUCUAAAUGAAUUACAAGUAUAAAUUACAACUAAAACUUCUCCUCAUUAUUGUGACUUUAUUGGUGUAAUAUUGUAACGUCACUUUUUCCCAGCCUAAUUUUAAUUUUAAUUUGCCAUCAUAUUACGUUGUUUACAAUAUUUUUUUCUUGAAUAUUUCAAGUCUGUGCUACCACAAUGAUUAUUUUUCCUCAUAAUAUUAAUUCAGAAUAUUUAUUCUCCUGAAAUUGCAACUUUUUUUCUCAUUAGAAGAUGGCUUUAUUCUCAUCAAAUGUUUGCUUAUGUUUUUUUUUCAUUUCUGCUGUAUUCUCAUAAUUAUUCUCAUAAAAUUACGUUUUUUUCCAACCAUUUCAACUUUUCUCUUGUAAAAAUUCUCAUUAUUGUGACUUUAUUCUCAUAAGAUUGGAACUUUUUCCCCAACCUAAUUUUCCAAAAAUGAAAUGUUUUUGUUUUUCAUCAUAUUAGGUUGUUAUUUCAACUCUAGGCUACAAAAAUAUCAUUUUUCCUCAUAAUAUUAUGAGUUUAUUCUUGUAAAAUUGCAACUUUUUUCUCGUUAGAAGAUGACUUUAUUCUUUAUUCUCUCAUUUGUUUACAACUUUUUUCUCUUAAUAGUUCCACUUUAUUCUUGUAAAAUUACAGCUGUUUGUUUUUUCAUUUCUUCUGUUUGUUGAAUUUUCCAACUAUUUCAACGUUUCUCUUAAAAUGUCUUCACAAUUCUGACUCGAUUCCCAUAAUAUUGUGGCUUUAUUCUUACUUUAUUCGUACAACCCUUUCCCCCAAGCUCAUUUUCAUUCAAAUGAAAUGAUUUUUUUCCAUAAUAUUAACUUUUUUUCUCAUGAAAGUAUGACUUUAUUCUUGUAAAAUGUUUGCUGUUUUUUUUAGUUUUCCAAAUAUUUAUACUUUCUUCUUGUAAAUAUUCACCUAUCGAUGCUAUGGCUUUACUCCCACAAUAUUGUGAUGUUAUUCUCCUAAUAUUGUAACUUUUUCCACUUCAUUUACAAAAAAAUUAUAUUUUUGUGUUUUUUUCUCAUAUUACAUUGUUUAAAAAAUCUUUAAUGUUUCAACUCCAUGCUACUAAAAGGACAUUAUUUGUACUCAUAAUAUAACAACUUUAUUCUCGUAAAAUUGCAGCUUUAUUUCUCAUGAGAAGAUGACUUUAUUCUCAUACUUUUUUUUUUUUUGCUGUUUUUUUCAUUUCUGGUGUUUUUUUUUUAUAUUUAAUCUUUCUUCAUGUGAAUUUUUGUCUAAUAAUAUUAUUUUAUUCUCAUAAUAUUUUGACUGUAUUCUCAUAAUAUGACUUUCCCCCCCCAACUUAAUUUUACAAAUAUUACAUCAUUCUUUUUUUUUUUUAUUAUUAUUAUUUUUUUUUCUUUUACUUUAUUAUUGUAAAAUUACAGCUGAUUUGUCCAUA